AGGUUAAAUGUUGUAUGCCGUAGUUUUCCUGUUUUCACUUGUAAGUUGUCCAACAAUUCUGACUGCACUCUGUACUCUAAAUAAUGUUACGGUAACAGGACAAUUGGGUUGUGGUGAUCGAGCAUUAAAGAAUGUGGUAGUGGAAUUACGUGAACAUGAUAGUCUUGACCCGGAUGACUCAUUGAAUAAGACUACAAGUAAUAGCAAAGGAUACUUCAUGGUGUAUGGUGAGGAAUGUGAGAUUGGUGGCAUUGAACCAUACCUGCGGAUUACCCAUAAUUGCGAGGAUGGUGUACUUAAUGAACAUUGUGUCAUUGUGGAUGAAUUUCCAAUUCCAGCUGAUCGAAUUGAUAAAACUUAUCAAAUGGGAAUUGUUAGUUUAAAUAUUGCUCGAAAUAAUCACAAGAAAACCUGUCACUAAAUAAAGUUUAUCUUUUCCAAAAUUAAAACAAUGUUGAACUUUAGCAAAGGAUGUAAAUGAUACAUGUAAAUGAUAAUAAUGUGUUAUCGUCAUCGCAUAUAUAUCAUUGUAGUUAUUUUAGUUUUAAAUUAAAUUAAGCUAUCUCUGAUGAUUGUAUUACUUUACCUGUAUCUAGUAACGGUAUAAUUUUAUGCAAAUAAAUAGUAUAGCAGUAUACAGAAUGC